AUGAUCUCAGCCGCAUUACAAAGAUCAAAAUUUAGUUUAAAUUUACAGCCAUUUAAAAGGCUCUACUCAAAUAAGCAAACUGUACCACAAAAAACUACGCACGAUGAACAAAUCAAAGAGCACAGAGAAUCAGGCUUAACAACUCCACAUCCACCAAAGGACGUUUUGACAGCUGAAGUUAUAUCAGGCGCUCCAGAAACACUUCAACAUCGCCAAGUUAGAAUUUAUAAGCCAACGAAGAAUACUAUGCAAUCUGGUACUCACAAUACGCAUCACUGGAGAGUAGAUUUUGAUAUUUUACAAGGUGGUGGUAGAUGGGAGCAUCCUUUGAUGGGCUGGUCUUCAUCAGCUGAUCAUAUGCAAGGAACAAACGUCAAAUUCCAAUCAAAGGAAGAUGCCAUCAACUUUUGUGAGAAGCAAGGCUGGGAUUACUUUGUUUCAAAACCACGUUCCCCAAAGUUUAAAACAAAGCAAUACGCUGCAAACUAUUACCACUCACCUGGAAAGUUACGCUUAGCUCAGACAAAGUAA